AUGAAAAAGAGUGAUCUUGGCAGUGGUGAAAGGCCCGCUGAAGCGAGCAGCGAAAUCGAAAUGAGCGACAAGAAGCAGGACUCUGUCAAUUCACCUUCGAUCAAUGUUCGCAAAGACCUGAAAGACGUUAUUCACUAUAUGAUCUUUAAUCCUGAGGCCAAUCAUAUCAUCAUGCCACUAUUGUUGGCUGCAGAGUUUUUGGCACUGAAGUGGAUCGUAACCAAUGUGGCUUACACAGAUAUUGAUUAUGAAGCGUACAUGGAGCAAAUCUGGACAAUCCAGGAUGGAGAGACUAAUUAUAAAAUGAUAGAGGGUGGUACGGGUCCUUUGGUAUAUCCUGCAGGUCAUGUUUGGAUAUAUCGGCUGAUGGAAAAUGUCACGUCUGGGUUGGACAACGUGAAGGCCGGGCAAGAUGUUUUCCGUUACCUGUAUCUUGCGACGAUGAUGUUGCAGAUGGUAUGCUACGUAUUACUGCAACUACCUCCUUGGUGCGUGGUCCUGGCUGUUAUGUCGAAGCGUCUACACUCCAUUUACGUCUUGCGCUUAUUCAACGACUGUUUUACUACUUUCUUCAUGACCCUUACAGUGUUACUUUUGCUGUUCUCAGCUCGUUGGCAGAGAAGAGCCUUUUGCGUUCUUGCUAGCGCCAGCUACUCCAUGGCGAUAAGUAUCAAGAUGAACGCUCUGCUAUUCCUGCCAGGGGUUUUAUUGUCCAUAUUUCAACUCACCGGCGGGCACUUGGCGUUUACCCUGGGGUGUUUGGGAAUUAUGGCAGGCUGGCAAUUCUACGUAGCGCAAAUCUUCAUUCAGCAAAACCCACGCGAGUACUUCUCCACAGCAUUUGAUUUCGGGCGUCAGUUCAUGUACAAGUGGAGCGUGAAUUGGCAGUUUGUCGACGAGGAGGUAUUCGAGAACCCGUGGUUCCAUCGUGCUUUAUUGGUAAGCCAUUUGGCAGUCUUAUCUUUAUUUUUGGUAACGCGCUUCUGCUCAAGUUUCUCCGAAAUUCGGACCUCGUUUAAGGCUUUGAAACAUCCCUUUACCCCAGUUCUGCAAUCUUACCGCAGCGUCAAGACAUUGGAUGUAGGUUACACCCUGCUGGUAACUAAUUUUGUGGGCGUGAUGUUUGCGCGUUCAUUGCACUAUCAAUUUCUUUCAUGGUAUCAUUGGACGUUACCAGCUCUAUUAAACUGGUCUUCGCUGCCACCAAUUGUAGCAUUUGCAUGGUAUGCUGCGCAUGAAUACUGCUGGAACAGCUACCCUCCAAACUCAGUUGCUAGUGCCCUGAUGUUUGGCCUAAAUAGUUUUCUGGUGAUCUUGGUAUUUGUCAAGAAUCGCACUUCGCAACACGACAUCAAGAAAUCGCAAUGA